UUGACCGUUAUCUACAAAUCAAACGGAUUUGAUGGUUCUACCCCUCUGAAUGGUGGAUCUUAUCCUGUUUAAUUUUGAGUGUUGCUGAAUACAUUCUAACAUCAAUUUGUUGACUACUGAUCAAAUGGCUAAGAUAUCCAUUACGAGCAUUUGUAGUACCAUUGCUGAUUUCCCUGGUCCAUCUGAUGAAUGGUGUAGAUCAUGGAUCAUUGUGGCCAUGUCUCCAAUUCUUUUGGGAGUUUUCACUUACACGAUCUCUAACUUCUUAUAUAAGCUUCAUUUUUUCCUUUUUCUUUAUUUUUUUGAUACCAUUAUUUGAUUAUUGAAUUUCAAUAAUCAGCAACUUCCUGUUGAUUUCCUUUGACGGAAGAGCUCAUGUAGAAAAUGUAAAGUAUAUAACAGUUGGAUGCAGAAGCCUUCCCAAACUAUGCCUAAAGCCUUCCCAAACAACAUGAACUCCUAUGAUAAAAUCAGCAAUCUACCUGAUAGUGUCCUUCACAACAUCCUAUCUUUGAUGCCUACCAAAUCUGCAAUUAGAACAAGCAUUCUAUCAAGAAGAUGGAGAUAUUUAUGGAGAGACCGUUCCAUUUACAUCCUUAUUCUAGACAAUUCUGAAGAAUUAGCAAGUAGCCGAUAUCCAGAAGAAUUUGUGGGCGCCAUCAAUCUCUAUGUAAACCUCAACCACGGUAAGGAGAUUGAGACACUCCAGCUAUUUUUCUAUCCCGGCGAUCAAUACGAAUCCGAUUACGAGAAAUGGAUCGAGUUUGCAGUAGAAGGGGGAGUUAAGGAGCUUGAUCUCGACUUCUGCCAUCUGUACUUACCCUUUAUUCUCAUAAGGGGACAACCUCUGGAAGAUCGGAAGCCAUUUAAACUGCCAUCUAAACUCUUUAGUUGUAAUUCUCUAACUCAUUUAAAUUUGAGUCGAUGCGAUCUCAACCUCCCAUCGAAUUUCAAUGGUUUUGGUUCUCUCAAAGUUCUCCGUCUUCAAUGGGUUAACAUAAACGAUGACAUGCUUCAAAGCAUGCUUUCCAAAUGCCCGAUACUUGAGAAGUUGAGUCUGAUCGAGUGUAAUGAUGUGACUUCGAUCAAUAUAUCCGCUCCAGAUCUGUAUCUUAAGAGCUUGAUGGUGGCCCAUUGCUAUGCUUGCGAGCUUAAGAUUUUCGCUCCGAAUCUCCAAUCCCUCCACUUCAAUGCUGAUGUUAAUGAAUAUUGGUUCAAUAACAUCUCAUCACUGGUGGAUGCCAUUGUUACUGCAGUAGGUACCAAUGCUUAUGAUUUCGACUAUAAUCGGACAAAGAUCUUGUCUGAAAUCCACCAUGUUAAGAUUCUUACAGUCUGCUCUAUGGUUCUUCUGCACAUUGUCCAAGCAUUAGCAGGAGAGAUUGAUCCAGAACAGGCACCAGACCUGCCUAUUACAUUUCACAGUCUACAAGAAUUGCAAAUGUUGAUAGCAUUCGUAGACGACUCUUAUCUCUCUGCCAUUAAUACUUUCUUCACACAUUGCAUUUUCCCUUGUCUAGAGAAACUCUUCAUCGAGCUUGAAAGACACUCUGAGAAUCCUUCAUAUGAACAUGUGGAAAUGCCGAUGGGGGGAUAUGUUUUCGAUCAUCUGAAAAUGAUAAAGUUUAAGAACUUCCAUGGGUUCAAUCAGGAAGUUCGACUGGUGGAAUUUUUCUUAGAGAAGGCUGUUGUACUCGAGUCUUUAGUUUUAGUAGCUCCUAAUGAAAGCAUCAACGACAACAUAGGCAACGAUUCUACAUCUCAAAGUUCAGGCGGUGUGUUUCCACCUUUCCACAAAAGAAAAAAGGCACCAUUGAGUAUUCUCCAUCAACAAAUUCUGCUAUUGCCGAAGGCAUCAUCCAAUGCUCAGAUUUUCUUGUAUGAAUACUCAGAGGAUGAUAGAAGUUUGCAACCAACGCAUACCGAAAUUUACUACUGAAUGUAACUUGUUGGAGUGCUUUUCUUGGUGUGUGAACAGAGGAUUGCAAGAUUUUAGUAGCUAAUCACUACUUUGCACUUUUACUGUUUUUCUUCUACAAUUACAAAUAUAUUUGUUUUGGGGGUUUGUGAUUUUUUUUUA